CUAUCCAUGAACUUGAACAAAAAUGGUGACGUUACUUCCGGAAGCAAGUAACUCAAGGCGUCCUACCAACUGGCUAGCAUUAGUACUGGAAAAGGCGUCUGAGCUAGCCUAACAAGAGGACAAAACCGAGAAAAACAGCCAUUGGAGGUGUAGCUGUGUCACGUGAGGAGGAAAUCCCCAAGACAUUUGUGAUUUGGAGCUAGCAUAACUUGGAACUAUUGUUGUGGAUUGGUCCAUCUCCCACCGUUAUUGGCUAAGACUUGAGAUGACAAUGAGGAAGAAUUAAGGUAGUUGUUCUCACUCAGGUGCGUGGGAGGAGGCGGACCUUAACCCCACCCCACCCAACCCCCACCCUCCAAGUAUAGGUUUUAAAGACCCUACCCCCUCAUUAAUAUGAAACAUGGACUCUGGAACAGUUGACAGUCCCAUCACUUUGGUCAUUAAGACCCCCAACCAAAAGUAUGACGACCAGACCAUCAACUGUUUCCUGAACUGGACGGUGGAAAUGUUGAAGAGCCACAUCUCCGAUGUGUACCCUAGCAAGCCGUCCUCCAAGGAUCAGAGGCUGGUGUACUCUGGCAGACUCCUCCAAGACCACCUCCAGUUGAGGGAUGUCCUGAGGAAGCAGGAUGAGUACCACAUGAUGCAUCUGGUUUGUGCCUCUCAAAGCCCCCCGGGGUCACCCCCCCCCUCAGCUCACAGCCAUGCUUCUAACCCCGCCUCUCAUCCCAGCACCAGCUCCAUGAGUUCCAUCUCCUUGGCCACCGCACCCAAUCAGGAAACUCAGUCCGCCUCGUUUUCCCCCUCCUCCGUGUCAGUAACAGGGAGUGAUGACGGCCUGAGGCAUCGCAGAGGCUUCCCCCAGUCUGGCCCUCACAACCCUACCUCCACUGGUGGUAUGCAAUGGCCAGAUGGGACUUGGUAUCCCCUACAUGGGCGCUUGGCUGCUGGCACCAACCCCCAUCCCAUAUACAUGCCCAUGCAGGUGCUCUGGUGGCAGCAAAUGUACGCACGACACUACUACAUGCAAUACCAAGCAGCAGUAGCAGCCUCGCAACCCCCCAGUGCCAACCUUCCCUCACUGCCCAGCCCCUCCCCUUCCCCCCAGCCCGUACAGCCCAACGAGGCCCCGCCCCCACUCGGCCCUAACCCCGCCCCUAACCCCAUACAAGAGGACCGGCCCGUCAAUCCCAACAUUCAAAUGAACGCUCAGGGCGGGCCGGUGAUGAACGAGGACGAGGUGAACAGAGACUGGCUGGACUGGAUGUACACAGUGUCGCGGGCGGCCAUCUUGGUCAGCAUCGUUUACUUCUACUCCUCCUUUAGCCGCUUCGUCAUGGUGAUGGGCGCCAUGCUGCUUGUCUAUUUGCACCAGGCUGGCUGGUUUCCCUUCAGGCCGGAGUUCCAGAACCCAAGAGCCGGGGGAGUAGGAGCACGAGGAGGGGUGGUAGCUCCGCGGGAGGAGGCGGACCGACACCAGGACAUACAGGAAAUGGAGCGGAUCAUGGAUGAAGGGAUGGAGGAGGAGGGCGACAGUGAUGGGGAGGAUGGUCAGGAGGACGAGGCAGCUGUUCGCCAGCCGGGCUUCCUGUCCUCCGCCUGGUCCUUCAUCAGCACCUUCUUCACCUCACUCAUCCCAGAGGUACGACCCCACCCCGCCAACUGAACCACCCGCUCAGAUGCAAUGAACGUCUGCUCCCAUUAUCUCUUCAUUCCUCCAUCCUUCCAACUCCAGCCCACCUCCUCUUGCUGCUAGCACCCAAGACAAACUCUUGAUCUCUCCACAAAAAGGGUCAUUUAGCAGUGUUAGUUAGUGAUGGGGGCAGGGGGGAGGGUAUGAUGUAUGAAUAAACACAUAAAGAAACAUUCAAGCAUCAUGCUCAUGUUGAUUGUGUUUAUGUGCCUGAUGUCCAUAUAUUUGAGUUGUUUACCAAACAUGUAUACAAGGACACUCAAACAUGCAUAGGUUCUUUUUGAUCAUGUUGACCAUAGACCAUUGUCCUAUACAGGGGCCUGUCUUCCAUUGUAAGUAGUCAUGGCAUAUAUCCUGGUGAUUAAUAAGAAGUUUUGUUUAAGGACAGCACAAUAUUCUCUACACAAGAAUGUGUAUUGUUGCAAAGAUUCUUGCAGAUUUUUUUCUGUGUAUAUGAGCAUCAUAAAGGCUAUUUACUUAUAUAUAUAUAUAUAUAUAUAUA